AUGUCGGAUGGCAGUGAUGAAGAGGAAGCCGUUGAAGAAGAAGUAGCGCAGGCAGCUAUUAUACCUCCGUCUUAUCGGGUUACACUCCAGAUCGAUUAUGAAGAAGGCGAGCCGUUUGGAAUUGUAUUUGGUAAGAAUUUAACGGUAGUGACUGUAAAGAAGGAUAUGCGUGCAUAUGGGAUGUUGCUUCCUGGCGAUGUGGUCAUUUCCAUAAACGAUAUCAUUGUUGAAGAUCAGGAUCAAUUUUACAUUCUGAUAAAGCGUUUAUUUCCAAUGGUGAAAAUAGAAGUGGAACGAAAACUCUGGAGAACACCGUUAACAGACGUUCGAGCUCGACAAAUUGGACUUGUCGCAAAGAAAAAUCACGAAUACUUCAUCGCUUACUUACAUCGCAUCGAUGGGCUAAAACUUGGCCUAUCUGUCCGGCAAGUACAUAAUCAAGUAGUAGUAACAAAAUGUAAGGAAGACAGCAUCGUGAGCAGAUGCUACCAGGAAGGCGAUCACAUUCUCGAUGUCGACGGCGUACGAGUGUUUUCGAAAGCGGAUGCAAAGGAAAGAAUAAUUUCUGGAUUGCGGAACACAGCAUGCGUUUCCACCGUUGUUGAAAGAAAACAGUCUGAGGAUGAUAAUUCCAUAAGCAAUCGAGUGCUACUUUUGGUCGGUGAUCGAAAUCCGAAGAUGGCACCGGAUGCGGUAAAAAUUGGACAGCGUGAAGCAGCAAGAAUACGUGCAAAUGCCGGCAAACAAUUCCCACUGAAAAGUAUACUGCACGCAUCUGCCUACAAACCAAGCAGUACUAUACAAUUAGAUAUGCGGCCACUGGUAAUGCGAGUGGCCAGUGAUACAAAGGAGCCAAGUCGUUUGGUGCAUGUGAGAAGAAAAGAAUCUGGUCGUGGAUUUUUUAGUCUAUUAUUUGGCCGAAAAAGCGGCGGUCCUACCACUCACAGCGUCAGAAAGAGAGAAUGA